GGGAGUAUAGUCUACUCGUGCUUGCUACGACGUUUCGUUCAGCUCACUCGUCCUGCCGUGCGUCCCCCCGUCUCGUUUGGCCUGCGCUGCCCAACCGCCGGAGAUCUCGUCCACCGUCUCGCUCCCCCGCGGUUCCAGCGAUUCCGUCCGCCUUUCCAAAUGGAAUCCUGUCCUUCGGUGAAGAACAUUCUGUUGCUGGAUUCCGAGGGAAAGCGCGUCGCCGUCAAGUACUACACAGAUGAUUGGCCCGUGCUCUCGUCGAAGCUGGCCUUCGAGAAGUCGGUCUUCGUGAAGACCCAGAAAGCAAAUUCUGGGGCAGAAGCUGAGAUUGUAAUGUUUGAUGGUCACAUUGUUGUGUAUAAAUUCAUCCAAGACCUGCACUUUUUUGUUACUGGAGGAGAUGAGGAGAAUGAACUUAUUUUAGCAUCAGUUCUUCAGGGAUUCACUGACGCUGUUGACCUUAUUCUUAGAAAUAAUGUCGAGAAAAGAACAGCACUUGAAAAUCUGGACCUGAUCCUAUUAUGCCUUGAUGAAAUUGUUGAUGGAGGGAUUGUCCUAGAAACAGAAGGAAGUGUGAUAGCUGAUAAGGUAUCAGCUCAUGGAGCAGAGGGCGGUACAUCAAUCGCUGAGCAGACCAUAGUUCAGGCCCUAACAACAGCAAGAGAGCACUUUGCCAAAUCUCUUCUAAUGUGACGUGUUGUGCUUCCGAGAUGGAAGACGGAAGUGGCAUCCUUAUCACUUGUAUGCGCGGGAUGGAUGUGUUCAUUUUGUUAACAAAGAAGGAAAAGGGAGUCUGAAACUAUGUAUGUGUAGAGCCGCAUGGUUCUGGCGACAUUCCCUGGUUGGUCAGUUUUGUGAGUGUAGACAAAGAUUGUGAAUUGUGAUUGGACCCAUUCUUUACCAUGCUUGUAUACUCUACUAUACUGGUACUAAAAAUCAAUUCAUAAAUAAACGGGUAAUGAGCCACCUGUACACUUUC